GGGACAAUAUAAUUGAGAGGGCAGAGGGACAAAGGAGUUCUCAUAUAUCGUACACAUAACAUAUUAUUUACACAUGAAAAUGCAUUUGGGCAACGAGGUUGGUCAUGUUGCUUCUGCAGCUGAUCAAACCUAUGUCAUUGCGAGUGUCAAAGGCUCUAUGCAAGAAGAAGAUCAUGAUCAUGAUCAUGAUGAUGAGGUUGAGUUUAAUGGUGAUGGUAAUAAGAUGAUGACCACCCUCUCUUCACCUGCUUCUGCUGAUCAUGAAGUGGGUAACCCUACUACUAAAGGGGACUAUUGCUUAUCUUCUGCCAUUCCAGGAUGGUAUGGUGAUACUGAGCCAUUGUGGCCAGGGGAGGCGCACUUCUAUGAGGUAGAGAAGAUCUUAUUUCGUGGAAAGUCUGAAUACCAGGAUGUUUUAGUAUUUCAGUCAUCGACAUAUGGGAAGGUUGUGAUAUUGGAUGGAGCUCUUCAACUCACUGAAAGAGAUGAGUUUGCUUACCAAGAAAUGCUCACUCAUAUCCCACUUUGCUCAAUUCCAAACCCGAAGAAGGUAUUGGUUGUUGGGGGAGGAGAUGGCGGCAUUCUGCGGGAAGUGUCGCGCCAUUCUUCAGUCGAGCAGAUUGAUAUAUGUGAAAUCGACAAAAUGGUGAUAGAUGUUUAUAAACAAUUCUUCCCUGACAUAGCAGUUGGGUAUGAGGAUCCCAGAGUGACUUUACAUAUGGGCGAUGGAGUUGCAUUCAUGAAGUCUGUUCCUAAGGGAACAUACGAUGCCAUCAUAUUAGAUGCAUUCCAUGUUAUGGGAUCUGAAGAAGAAGGGCUGUGUGAUGAGGAGUUCUUAGAAACAGUAGCAAAGGCGCUGCGGGCGGGAGGGGUGAUGUCCUCCCAAGCAGAGAGCAUGUGGUUCAAUAAUUUCUUCGUUGAAAAUACCAUUAGUAAGUGUCGCCAAGUAUUCAAAGGCUCUGUGGAGUAUGCUUGGACAACCGUCCCAACAUAUACAAGUGGGGUGAUUGGCUUCAUGCUGUGCUCCACGGAGGGGCCUCCCGUGGACUUCAAGCACCCAAUAAACCCUAUAGAUGCAAAGGAGAAUCAUGGUGUGGCAAAAGGACCUCCCAAGUUCUAUAACUCAGAGAUCCAUGCUGCUUCGUUUUGUUUGCCAUCUUUUGUGAAGAAACGGUAGAAUCGAUCAGAGGUUUCAGAACGGAAAUGGGUUCGUGGUUGUUAUGCGUCUAGCAUAUCAAAUAACCUAUUGAUAGUGAAUAAUCAUUUAAUGUCACCUCUAAUUUUCAAUAAAGUGGGCAUAGAAUAAAGAAAUAUUGAUAAUUAAUGAAUUAUUUAUCAUUUCUGUCA